GAAAAAUAUCCAUUCUCUGUUAAAAGAAAAAGGAGCGCCGACAAGCCCAAUUGGUAAAGUUCAAAAAAGCAGCCAAGAAACAUGACCAUCCAUGGUGCACCUUAAACAAGUCCAGCAACUUCCAUAAUAAUCUCUGCAAAAAAAGUGACAAACUUUCCCUUUUCCUCUUAUUUCCUGCUCUGAAAAAUCAUCAGAUUCAAGAGUUGAAGCUAACAAAUUAUUUCUACAAGUAGUGAAAACAUAUACAUUCUGUUAGUUAAAUCUUGUACUUGUAAUUAUGCUACUAUUAUCACUAUUAGUAGUAGCAUUUACACUCUAUUCACCAACCCCAUUAGUCCAAUCUCAUUAUAACUGGUCACCUUCUUCCUCUUCCUCAUCGCCCUCUACUUUCCAAUCCGAAUGGCGACCCGCACGCGCCACUUACUACGCGGCGACGGACCCGCGUGACGUUGUCGGUGGCGCGUGUGGUUACGGUGAUUUGGAGAGAACUGGAUAUGGAAAAGCUACAGCUGGGUUAAGCACUGUGCUUUUCGAUAAGGGUCAGAUCUGUGGUGCUUGUUUUGAAGUGAGGUGUGUGGAGGACUUACGUUGGUGCAUUCCUGGUACUUCUAUUAUUGUUACGGCGACGAAUUUUUGUGCUCCAAAUUAUGGGUUUGAGGUAGAUGGAGGUGGUCAUUGUAAUCCUCCUAAUGCCCAUUUUGUGCUGCCCAUUGAAGCUUUCGAAAAGAUUGCUAUUUGGAAAGCUUCUAAUAUGCCCAUUCAAUAUCGCAGAAUAAAGUGCAGAAAGGAAGGUGGAGUUCGAUUCACUAUGGGUGGCGCUGGCAUAUUUUUGUCGGUGCUAGUAAGUAAUGUUGCAGGUGCAGGUGAUAUAGUGGCAGCAAAAAUUAAGGGUUCAAGAACAGGAUGGCUUCCUAUGGGUAGGAAUUGGGGCCAAAACUGGCAUAUUAAUGCAGACUUGAAGAAUCAGCCACUUUCUUUUGAGAUAACGAGUAGUGAUGGGGUCACUUUGACAUCUUACAAUGUAGCUCCUAAGAACUGGAAUUUUGGUCAGACUUUUGAAGGCAAGCAGUUUGGAUCUUAGAACUCUUGCCAAAAUUGUAUCUCAUUCCUCAUCUUCCAUUUGGGAUUGGCCAAGAUUGGCUGGCAAUGUUGGGGCAUUUUUGUUCGAGUUCAUGUUGGACAAGUGACUACCCAAUUUAGAUGUUGCAGAGCAAAGCUGUGCGAUUGUGUUGUAUGUUAUUCUUCUACUAAACCCCUGUGAACUUGAGUGUAAUCAGAGAAAGAAACUUGUCACUUGGAAGGCAUUGUUAUUCCUAUUUUGCAGUAUAUGACUGCUUCUGAAAAUCUUAUUUUUAUUUUCUGGAUA